AGGAAGCAACAACUCUCUUUUCAUAUUAAUCACUGACUGGUCUUGCUGUUAACAUUAUGCUUGUUACAGAGCCCCAGAGUCUGGGAACAGCUGUCACCGUCAUGGGCUGCGAGUGUAGAUUAGGAAGUGGGUGGGGAGUUGGGGCUGGUCUAUGACUUCUGCAUCAAAGAAGGACAAGGGGUUGUACAGCGGAUUCAGAUUUGUUAGCAUAUCUGCAGUUACAAUGGGAAAGGGAGAAAGGAAGGUGCUGAGGUGGGAGAUUUAACCAGUGAAACAUGUUCAGGGCUGGAGGGGUAUAGGAGCUGUUUGAUAGAUCGUUUUAAUUGUUUUUGUUUUAUAUAAUCUCACAAAUGGUGACUGAGGAUGAGGCUUGGUGAUGGAGGAUACCCAGAGGUGAGCAGGUCAGAGACGGUAUCAGGAGAGUGACAGUGUUGUGAUUUCCUGUGUCACGGGUGUAGACAGACGUCUCAUGUGAGCAGUUUGUGAAGGUGCAAUUGUCAGUUGUUCAGCAGAACUCUUUUGGUGUUUGUAUUGUCUAGCUGAUCUGAGGCCGUGUGAAGAGCCAUUGCGAUCACAUCUGCCGUAGACCUAUUGUGAUGAUGGGCAAGUUGCAGUGGGUCCAGGUCCUUGCUGAGGCAGGAGUUCACUCUCACCAUGAACAACCCUUCAACAUUUCAUCAGCAGAGAUGUGACAGCCACUGCACGACAGUCAUUAAGGCAGCUCACAUUGCUAUUCGUGUUAUUUGUCAUCUGUAAUCAGUAGUUUGCUUGAGAAUGUACAGGGUAUGGAUCGUAAGUUCAUAGCAAAUAUUUAAGAAGUGGAGCAAGGGAUUCACUCAAUCAUCAUUCCUACUCAGACUGUGUGGAGGGAUUCACUCAAUCAUCAUUCCUACUCAGACUGUGCAGAGGGAUUCACUCGAUCAUCUGACCGACUGGCAUGUCUGUCAUUUUACACAGGGGAUAGGCCGUUCACCUUUUCAGACUGGGGAUUCAAGGUCAUCUCUUGAAGGUGGAUCAGCAAGUUCACACUGGACAAGGCCAGUCAUCUAUUCGAUGGGUAAGAAGGGCUUCAGUCAGUCAUCCCACCUGUGGACACACCAGUCAAUUCACACUGGGCAGAGGCUGGUCACCUGCUGAAUUUGUGGGGAAGGAUUCACUCAGUCAUAUGACCAAAUGGCUCACCAGCACAUUCACACCGGGGAGCGGAUGUUCACGUGUUUAGACUGCGGGAAGCGAUUCACUUGCUCAUCUAAUCUGAAGGUACACCAGCGAGUUCACACUGGAGGGAGGCCAUUCAUCCGCUCAGACUGUGGGAAGGGAUUCACUCAGGCAUCUCACCUUCUGAAACACCAGUCAGUUCACACUGCAGAGAGGGUUUUCACCUGCUCAAACUGUGGGAAAGGAUUCACUUUAUUAUCACACCUACUGAUGCACAAAUCAUUUCACACUGGGGAGAAGCCAUUCACCUGCUCAGACUGUGGGAAGACAUUCACUCAAUUGUCCCACUUACAGAGUCAUCAGCGAGAUCACAGUGGUGAGAAGCCGUUCACCUGCUCAGACUGUGGAAAGGGAUUCACUCGGCCAUCCUCUCUAUUGGCACACCAGUCAGUUCACACUGGGGAGAGGCUGUUCAACUGCUCAGACUGUGGGAAGGGAUUCACUCAGUCAUCUCAUCUACUGAGACACCAACGAGUUCACACUGGGGAGAGACCAUUUACCUGCUCAGACUGUGGGAAAGGAUUCACUCAGUCAUCUCACCUAGAGAUACACCAGCGGGUUCACACUGGGGAGAGGCCGUUUAAAUGCUCAGACUGUGGGAAGCGAUUCACUCAGUCAUCUCAGCUACAGAUACACCAGAAAGUUCACACUGGGGCGAGGCUGUUCACCUGCUCAGACUGUGGGAAGGGAUUCACUCUGUCAUCCUCGCUAUUGGCACACCAGUCAGUUCACACUGGGGAGAGGCCGUUCACCUGCUCAGACUGUGGGAAGGGAUUCACUCGAACAUCUUCCCUAAUGCUACACCAGUCAGUUCAUACUGGGGAGAGGCCGUUCACCUGCUCAGAAUGUGGAAAGGGAUUCACCCAGUCAUCCAACCUACAGAGACAUCAGCGAGUUCACACUGGAGAGAAGCCGUUUACCUGCUCAGAAUGUGGGAAGGGAUUCUCUCGGUCAUCCAACCUACAAAGACACCAGUCAGUUCACACUGGGGAUAGGCCGUUCACCUGCUCUGAAUGUGGGAAGGCAUUCACACAAUCAUCUCAUCUACUGAAACACCAGCAAGUUCACACUGGGUAGAGGCUGAUCACCUACUCAGACUUUGGGAAGAGAUUCUCUCAGCCAUCUCCACCAAAUGUGCAUCAUUGAGUUUACACUGGGGAGAGGCCGGUCACCUGCUGUGAAUGUGGAAAGGGAUUCACUCAGUAACUUAACCUUGUGACACACUACCGGUUCACACUGGGAAGAAAGUUUUAAUAAGCUGCAUGCUGGACAUCUGACCAUCCCCUUUGCUGAAUGCAAUUUUGAGAGUGACUGUCAGUGCUGAACUCUGCAAUUAUUGCUGCUGCUCACCACAUCCAGUUCUGCACCCUUGUCACUGGGCAUGGGAAGAGUUUCUUCUGCUGUAUAUUCACCUUUAAUGGGACUGGAGUUUAAUAUUCAGAAUCUGAGACAAAUAAAUCUUUUCUAUUUUAAUCUAUGUUUCUGGUACUUAGUGAAUUUAUAACACUAAUGUCCAGUACAGAGUCAACUCAGGCCCGCUGGACCCUACCAGUGAUUCUGUUCCACGACAGUCCUUUUAAAUCCUCCCCUGUUCCCCUCUCGCUCUCACUGUGGUGAUGGGCUCCAAACAGUCACCACUCUGGCUGAAAGAGGUUUCUCAUGAACUUUUUGCAGACUGAAGAAGUCGAGUUGACUGCAGUUCUGUCUGAGAUGUUCUUCGUCCCUGUAAUCUCUGGGCUGAGGAAGAAUGACAUUGGUAGUUAAUCUCCUUAAUCACGACUCAUUUCCACAUUAUGGGUCAUUUUUCCUGCUUCUAAAGGUUUGUUAGAAAACACGCCUGUCGUCUAAAGACUGAAUGCAGAAUGGGAAACCAUUAGUUGGAUGUUCAAUGGAGCAGGGUCAGAAACCAGAGGCGGGUCUGCACAGGACAGAGUUUGGGGCUCUGGAUGAUGGUCAGGGUAAGAACGUAUGAUGAGGAGAAGGGAAUCGGCAGCGGGGCGUGACAACAAAUAACAGUGUAGAAGCAUUUGGAAGCUGACUGACAGAGAAAUUCUUUUGUUUAACUGGUGACACAAACAAGACCAGUGGUGUGGUGCUCCACUGGUUGAGGAAUAUGUGUGAGUUGGGAAUGGUUUUAUCUAUUGAGGGAGUUGUUCCUGCUUGUUUAUCCUGUAAUAUUAUUAAUGGCCUCCGAGGUUCCUCCAGUAUUUUGUGUAUGUGUUGUUAGGAUUUCCGACAUCCACAGAUUUACUCCUACUUUUGAUAAAAGCAAAAGUGGGGUCAUAUAACAUA